AUGAACGAUUUAUUCUCUAAUUCAUUCAAGAGAAACCAGGCUCAACUAGGGGAUGUUGAGGCAGGUCAAGAAACGAUGAAUCUCGAUAAGUUCUUCGAGGACGUCGAGAAUGUGAAGGAUGAAAUGAAAGGAGUCGAGACUCUUUACAAGAAACUUCAAGACGAGAACGAAGAGUGCAAGACGGUGCACAAUGCCAAGAAGGUGAAGGAGUUACGAGCUAAGAUGGAUGGAGACGUAGCUAUGGUCCUUAAAAGGGUCAAAAUCAUUAAGAAAAAGCUCGAAGCCUUAGAGAAAUCGAACGCUAAUAGCCGUAAUGUCCCUGGUUGUGGCCCCGGUUCGUCUACGGAUAGAACUCGAUCGUCUGUGGUUAGUGGUCUUGGGAAAAAGCUUAAGGACUUGAUGGAUAGUUUCCAAGGUCUACGUGCUCGUAUGAACGCUGAGUAUAAGGAAACUGUAGAGCGCAGGUAUUUCACGAUAACUGGAGAGAAAGCGGACGAGCAAACAGUUGAUAACUUGAUUGCAAGCGGUGAGAGCGAGAAUUUUCUCCAGAAAGCGAUUCAAGAGCAAGGAAGAGGUCAGAUCCUAGACACAAUAUCUGAAAUCCAAGAGAGACAUGAUGCGGUGAAGGAGAUAGAAAAGAAUCUUUUGGAACUGCAUCAAGUUUUCUUGGACAUGGCGGCUCUCGUGGAAGCGCAAGGGCAACAACUGAACAACAUAGAGAGCCAUGUGGCAAAAGCGAGCUCCUUUGUGAGAAGAGGAACUGAUCAGCUCCAAGACGCAAGAGAGUACCAAAAGAGCUCGAGAAAAUGGACUUGUUACGCCAUCAUCCUCUUUAUCGUCAUCUUUGCCCUCCUUCUCAUUCCCCUUCUACCUCACAUUAUGCUCAUGUUGAAGAAGUGAAUAUGCUAGAGAUUUAAACUUGAAUCUCAAAACCAUCUCUUCGCUUUUGUCUUUUUCUUCCUCUUUGUUAUUUUCUUUUUCAAUAUGGAAUGGGAUAGUUAGAUUACGGUGAAACCAUGGAUUGUAGAGAUUUCUGAAACACCGGUUCGUUAUUACUAUUGUAAAU